CGAUUCAUUUCUCUGCAACUGCAAGCCCUACUGGAUUGCCGCCCGAUUCUUCUCCACUAUUUCUAGGGUUUCUCAAGUUCGACAGAAAAUGGGUUCCGACGCAGCAGCCUCCACCAAAGGCGGCCGGGGAAAGAGCAAGGCGACCAAAUCUGUCUCGCGUUCAUCCAAAGCAGGUCUCCAAUUUCCGGUGGGGAGAGUCGCGCGGUUUCUGAAAACAGGGAAAUACGCCGAGCGCGUCGGCGCCGGUGCUCCGGUCUACCUCUCCGCCGUCCUCGAGUACCUCGCGGCGGAGGUUUUGGAACUUGCGGGGAAUGCUGCGAGGGAUAAUAAGAAGACGAGGAUUGUGCCGAGGCACAUACAAUUAGCAGUGCGGAACGAUGAGGAGUUGAGUAAGUUGCUGGGAAGUGUGACCAUUGCUAAUGGCGGAGUUUUGCCCAAUAUUCAUCAAAGCUUACUGCCAGCGAAAGCUGGAGGCAAGGAUAAGGAGAUUGGCUCUGCAUCUCAAGAAUUUUAGAAAAUCCUUUUCACAUUAAUUGGUCGAAUUGGUAUAUGGUGUGCAGAACCCAAACUUUUUGUUGCUUGAAAUACACACAGUGGGUUGUUAAUGAAGUUUGGUUUCUCUGA